GUUCGCAGUAGAAAGCGGCCCCACGAUUCUACCGUCCACACAGUUACACAUACAAUUGCGACUUGAACGAAGGUGUCUCAGUUCGUUUGAUGGUGAAGUGUUUUAUACCAUUUUUAUUUUCAAUCGUAUUCGCAAAACCCGUCCGAGACUUUUAACGAAACAACACGAAGAAAAGGAAAGAUGUUGGAAAGGGUUACCUUGAUCGUGUGAUGUGAUCCUACCAUUUGGUGCUGAUCGCGUUUUUUAAGUUUUUCGCAUUCUAUUUUUCCCUUUCUUCCCGUUUUACUUUUUUUCUUAUUUUUAAUUUAGUGAAAAUGUUAAAUUGUACAGAUUUGGAGUGUAUUCUUCAUCACCAUCACUAUUAUGCUCAAUUGCAUCAUUUAACUCAUGGGACUCAUAUUCAGGAUGGAGGACCCGCGCUUUCGACAGAAAGCGAAGGAUCUAGUCAAGAUUCCAUUCAAAGUCUUCUAAAUGAUACGGAUUCGGAAUUAUCAGAUUUAUCCCACUUAGAUGCACCAAAUGAAAGUUUGUACAUGAUUGGAGGAGUUCUUAUUGCCAUGGUCCUUGUCGGUCUGAUAAUAAUCCUUCUGGCGGUUACGAUAAAUAAGUUGAGGAAAAGGGAGGAACACGGUAACAGCGUUCAUCCAGCAGAUGUUGUUCUUCAACAAACCACCACCAAUUCCAACAACGGGACGACGAUUUCCCUUAAUAAUAACAACAACGUGCAAAUCAACCAAAUUAAUCAAAAUAAUCAUCAACCGACAACCGAUCCAUUCGUUAGAUGGCAAUUCCCUCCACCAGAACCAAAACCAACGUACAAUCAAGACCAGGAUUCGCUUGUACAAAACUUACCGAGGGAUAGACCAGGUUUUGUGACGGGAUUUAGGAAGAAUUUGGGUGGUAAAUGGAGGCGUUUAGUAAAAAAGAAGCCGACAACGGAAGUGUAUACGAUACCGGCCGAAUUGAAGCCUCAAUUAAAACAAAUUUACGUGUAUUAAAAAAAUUUAAAAAAAUAAUCUAAGAGAAUAAAGAAAGAAAAGGAUCCCCCAAAAUAAAAAACGAGGACCUAGACAACUUCCUUCCCAUGAGACUGAUCAACACUAAUUUUACUAUUAAAAAUAGGAUACUUUUUUGUACAGAUUAAAAAAAUUAGACCGUGUUCGUUCCGUUUAGUAUUCUGACCUUUCUGGACUAAGUUGUAAAUAUUUUUUGGACAAAGAAUAAGAUUCAUAAAAAAAAAACAAGAAAAUGUAAAACUUUCAGUUUGUGAUUUAUUUUUAUUUAGUGAUUUAUAAAAAAAUAGUUACUUGAAACUUUAGAAGAGAGUAAAUAUUUCCGAAACGCUUUUUUAGACCUUAGACUUGUAUAAGUUUUAAUUUUAUUAAGUAAUAUUAUUUUAUUUUUAUCUUUCCGACCGAUUUUGGUUGUAUUUCGCUCAUAUUGAGCGCCACAUAAGGUAAUUGUUAAGAAAUCGAUCAACUCAAUACAACAAUCAAUUAAAUUAAAAAUCUAUUAGCGCAACUGAGACAACUGGUUUUGCCUCUCAGUCAACUAGUCAAUUAAUUGUAUAACUCGCCCUAGAAAAAUUAAAAAUUAU